AUGUUUAAACUAAAUCGGGAUAUGCAGAAGAAGUUUCCAAUUGAUAAUCUGGCUGAAUGGAAUCACAACAACAAUCCUUUGGGUCUUAGGUGCAUGCAAGUCUAUGUCCUUGUCUUCGACAUGGGAAACUUGGAAACAUUUCAAUAUUGUCGGUCGAUACGGGAGCAGAUCCUAUCGAGCUUCACUCAUCGAAAUUUUAGUAUCAUGGUUGUUGGAACUCAAGGAUAUAUCUGCGCUAGUCAGAAAGCAUUGGAGAUCGGAUUAUGUCGAGUGUUCUGCAAAGUACAACUACAAAGUAAACGACGUCUUUCGAGAGAUUAUGGGGGUGUCAGGGAUGAAUGGUGGUUCCGGUACUGGUAUAGAGUUCUCCCAAUCUUCCAGACACAAAAGUAAAUGUACGAUUCUUUAAUAUGGCCUUUUACGACCACCAUUAAGUCACAUCCACGAAAUAAAUUUCACAAUUUCUCAUCCACAUGGAAGCAUCAUAAAGCUAAAUGAUAAAUCUUGGGGCAAUAAUGAUGAAACAUAAAAAAAAGAAGAAGAAACAAAAGUUUGAAGCAUAAAUUGAAAUGCAAAAUAAUGUUUAGAAAGAUACAAUAAUAUGAAUAAUUUAUUAAAUACUUUAGAUUUUCAUUCUAAUUUUUGCAAGAUGAAAUGAAUGAA